AAAAACAAAACACAUAAAUAAAUAACGCUUACCUCUACAAAACCUUAGGGGCAUUUCCCAGAGGGUUUUAUGCCUCCGUGAAGUUUCAAAGCCAUGGGAGCAGUUCGGAGCUAAUUCACCUGCAACCAAUGCUCACAUAAUUCCUAUCCCUAUUUACCCAGAAUCUUAAAUUUCCAGAAAAAUGAGGUAUUUACGAUUCAUCUCCCAUAUUCAAAAAUCAUUUCGCCAAAACCCUAUCCCCGAUUUCCCUCCAUCCACUAACCCUAGUAUCUUGGCCCUAAUCCAAUCCAAAACCUCAUCUUCUCGAUCCUCGUGUUUGUUGAAUUCUAAGCGUGGGUGCACCUCUUCUGUACAAGAGUCGAAAUCGGCCCCCUCUGAGAGGGUCUCGGAGAUCGUCGACGAGCUCAUGGGCCUCACACUGCUCGAAGUUUCGGACCUCGUGGAGGUUCUGCGCGAGAAGUUGGGCGUCACUGAGAUGCCGACGAUGAUGGUGAUGAUGCCCGGGAUGGUGCCUGGGGCUUUAAAGGGCGCGGCGGGAAAGGGCGGUGCGACGCCGAAGGCGGAGGAGAAGGCAGAGAAGACGGUGUUCGAUGUGAAGCUCGAAGGGUUCGAAGCCGCGGUGAAGAUCAAGGUGAUUAAGGAGGUGAGGACGUUUACCGACUUGGGGUUGAAGGAGGCGAAGGAUUUGGUGGAGAAGGCGCCGACCCUGUUGAAAAAGGGGGUGACCAAGGACGAGGCCGAGAAGAUUAUUGCGAAGUUAAAGGAGAUCGGCGCCAAAGUUUCGAUGGAAUGAGGUUAUGCAGGAGAAGAGGAUGAAGACCGCAAAGUGUGAGGCUUUAUGAUACAGAUUAUCAAGAUGGAGGAUUGCAGAUACUAACGUACCACACUUGAAUUUCUUCAUAUCUGCUUUGCUAAAUUUCUGACCGGUGGAAAAAAAAAAAUUUCGAGCAAGUUGCAUUCUAUUGUUCCUAGCUUGCAUUUCCGGUUGAACUUUCUUAAAGACUCUUUUCACCCGUCGUGGAAUUGGUUAUUUAGGAUGGAUACGUUCAUUUCAUGGACCUUUUAGAGUUGUACCUUGCAUAUCUUUCCGAUGGCUUCCAAGGCCAGCAAUAAACCUUUGCAACUUGACACAACUGAAUGAAAGGAGGCCUAAAAGAUUGAAUGGAGGUGGGUGUGACUGGAUGGUAUGUUUAAUGUUUUAAUCCUUCUUUCUUGAUCGUUAUCUUUUAAACAGUGCUGUACAUUGCAGCCCUCGAAGUUUAUGUGUUUUAGGCUUUUUGCUCCAAAAUCUGUGAUUUUGAGUGUGGAUGUAGCCCAGCAUCUAGGCCAAGUUGAUGUAUUAUUUGAUUAGAUCGAAGGCUUUCGGUCUCUAGAGCAAGGUCUUUAACGCAUUCUAGUCUUGACUAUGGGGCUUGGUGAUGUGGCCGCUCACAUAGGAUUCGCAUUCUAGUAUUAAGCGGAUUUGAUUGAUGUAUGUUUCUGAAUUUAAACAUGUCUAAUGUCUAUUCAGCUAAAAGAAAUCUGUAUCCACCGUUGCGUGGAGGUCCCUUAUCCUCAA